AUGGCUUACUCUAAAACUGCUAUCCUAAUCGCCGCUGCCGCUGCUUUGGUUUCCGCCCAAACCCCACAACAAUUGGACGAAUUGAACGUCAUUUUGGAUGAUGUCAAGUCUAACUUGUCCUCCUACAUGUCCUUGGUCCAAGACCCAAGCUCUGGUAUCACUUUGGCUAACUUGCCAGCUGGUGUUUUGAACUUGGGUAUGGCUUUGGCUUCCGCCACUGACGACUCCUACACCACCUUGUACAAGGACAUUGACUUCGAUGGUAUUGUUCCAUUCUUGUCCAAGUUGCCAUGGUACUCUGAAAGAUUGGCUGGUAAGUUGGCCAAGGAUCUAGGUGAAGCUUCUUCUUCUGCUGCUCCAUCUUCCUCUGCUGCUCCAUCUUCCUCUGCUGCCCCAACCACCUCUUCUUCUGCUGCCCCAACCACCUCUUCUUCUGCUGCUCCAUCUUCUUCCAAGGCUUCUUCUUCUGCUGCCCCAUCUUCCUCCAAGGCUUCUUCUUCUGCUGCCCCAUCUUCUUCCAAGGCUGCUUCCUCCUCUGCUAAGGCUUCUUCCUCUGCUAAGGCUUCUACCACCGUUGUCACCUCUGCCACCAAGGCUGCUAUCUCUCAAAUCGGUGACGGUCAAAUCCAAGCUCAAACCGCUAACGGUGCUGGUAAGGUCGCUGCUGGUAUGGGUGCUGGUGUCAUCGCCGCCGCUGCUUUGUUGUUGUAA